AUGCCCGUCUCCACCCCGGCGGCGCCCAGCACCCUGCUGACCCCCGCCAUUAGCCCCGAGGGGCGCGCCUCGUCCGGGGAUGGCGGUGGCGGUGGCGGCGGUGGCGGCGGCGGCGGCAACGGCAGCGGCGGCGGCGGCGGCAACCUGGUCACCACCCUCUCCACGGCCAUGAUGGUCCCCACGUCGCCGGUGGAGGGGGCCGACUCGACCAGUGGCAGUCCAACCAGCGGCGAUGCCGAUCACUCGCCUUCCACGGCGCCGAGUUCCUCCCCGCCGGCCAGCAAUUCCCCCUCCUCCUCUUCUUCUUCGUCCAGCAGCACCGGGACCGGGGCCAGCGGUGCCAAUAGCCGUGCAUUGAUGGAGCGCACCGACCCUCGGUUCGGGGUAACCCGCGAGCGUCGCGCGCGUAUCCCCUGGUCGGAUGAGGAGGCCGAGCUGCUUACUCGCCUGGUCAAGGAGGUCGGCAUUGGUCGGUGGUCGGCCAUCCUGCGGAAGGGGCGCCGUGCCACCGACGGCGAGGAGGGCUCCACCGCAUCGCGAGCUUCCUCCGCUCCGCCCGGGGCGGAGGCCACUGCCACGGGCAGCUCCUCCACCACCGGUGCUGCCACCGAUGCCAACGCCAACCCGGAUGAUCGGUCGGUCUACUUCCACCCUCGGCGGACAUCGGCCGAUCUCAAGGACAAGUGGCGCAUCAUCAACCGCACCGCCAAGUCCUACUCCGAGCGCGAGAUGCGCCAAUUCAUGCUGCUCGACGAGAACCACCUCCCGCUGUCCACCCCUCGUGGCCACCGCCAUGUCUUCCGCAACCGCUUCCCUCGCGAUGCGGCCCUCAAGGCGGCCACUCGAAGCUACUUUUACAACGAGGACUCCGACUACACCAUCAUCUAUGUUCGGGAGAUCUCGGUCGUCCAGAAGCCGAAGUCCUUUGCUGGUGGCGCCGACGGCGCCGGAAGCGAGGGGGCCACCGGCGACGAGCUGGUUGCCGUGGCUUCCAACAGCCAGGCCGAUAUUGUGGCGCAGGAGCGCGACCGCCGCCGCCGGUCGUAUGUGCAUGUCUUCCGUGGGACACGCACGCGUGAGCGCGUGGCCGACAUUGUCCGCUUCCGUCGCAGUGCCGACCGGAUGAUGUGGGUCGGCCAUGUCACCAAGCUCCGCGAGGAAAAGUACCUCCACUGCACGGAUUCGCGCACGGCGACGCCGCCACUUAGCGACAAGCGUCUGCCGGCUCCGCCGCCGGCCGCCCCGCCGGCCAGCGAUCGGUCCAUCGAGCAGCUCAACCCCUCGGCGCCGAAUGGUGUGCUCGGCGGCCCGGGCGCCAGUGGCAGCCAGCUGCCGGUCCCGAUGCUGGCCAGUGAUGUGGUUCGGCUGAUGUCGUCCAUCGAUGCUGGCGGGGCCGGCGGCGCUGGCAAUGGCCCGGGCGGCGUGGUUGUCGGCCCGCCUUCGCACUUGGUGGCCCAGCUGCAGCAGCUCCACCAUCAUCACCACCCGCAUACACACACCGGGGCCCUUCAGGGGCAGCUGGUCACGGCCAACGGCCAGCAGCUCCAUCUGCCGGCCAUGCAGCAGCAGGCAUCACAGCAGCAGCUCCAGGGAGCUGGGCUGAUGGCCACCAGUCAUCCGCACCUGGUCGGCGGCCAUGCCCUGCACACCAUGCAACAGCAGCAGCAGCAGCAACAACAACAGCAGCAGCAGCAGACCAGUGCCGGGGGCCAGGGGCACCAUUUCCCCUUGCAGGCACAGGCGUCCUUGUCCGGGCACUUGGUGGCCGGUGACAACUCGGCGGCCAUGAUGGCCAAUGCUGCCAUGAUGGCCGCUGACAUGUCGCGCUUUGGCAACAGUGCUCAGCAGCAGCAGCAGCAGCAGCAGCAGCAGCAGCAGCGCCCCUCCACCGGUGGUGGUGGCAGUGGCCUGCUGGACAUGGGUGGCUCGCCGGCCGGUGGUGCCGGUCACGGCGGCCAUCCCAAUCUCUCUCUCUUCAACGGGCCGAACUGGCUGUCGACCAUCUCGCAGCAUGGCAACACGUCGGCCGAGGCACUGUCUCUCCUGUCGCCAAAUGGUGGACAGGCGGCCAAUGGGAAUCUUCUGUCCUCGCAUCUGGCCGCGGUGGCGGCGGCGGCGUCAUCCAACGGCACGGCCGGUGAUGGGUCCGUUGUGAUGGGGCGCCACAUGCAGCAGCAGCAGCAGCAGCAGCAGCAGCAACACCACGGCCCGCAGCACAUCGCGCCCCGGCAUGGUGGCCCUCCCGGGCAGCAGCAGCUCCAGCAGCCUGGCCACGGGGGGCAGGUGCACAUCCAGCAGCUUGGCGAUCAGCAGGCCCUGUCUUCGCCACAGCAGCAGCAGCAGCAGCAGCAGCAGCAACAGCAGCAUGAUGACUACCACCUGACGCCGCUGCAUGUGCAGCGCCUGCAAAGCCAGCAGCAGCAGCAACAGCAGCGCCAGCUCCAGCAGCAGCGCCAGUUGCAGGCCCAGCAGCAGGCCCAGCUCCAGCUCCAGCAGCAGCAGCAGCUUCAGCUUCAGCAGCAGCAACUUCAGCAGCAGCAGCAGCUCCAGCAGCAGCAGCUCCAGCAGCAGCAGCUCCAGCAGUUCCAGCGCCAGCAGCAGGCCCAGGCCCAGCAGAUCCCGCUGUAUCAUGGCGGUGGCCAUUAUGGCGGCGGCGGGAGUCAGCAGCAGCAGCCGCCGCCACCGCAACAGGGCGGGCUCUAUGAGCAGGCCCAGCAGUCGCAACAUUCACAGCAACAGCAGCAGCAGCAUCACCAGCAGCAGCAGCAGCAGCAGCACCACCACCAGCAGGGCGCCUAUGGCAGCCAGGCCGGGCUUGCUCUGCACCAGGGCGGUGCAACCCCCCAGCAGCAACAGCACGGUGGCUUUUCCCUGAUCAACACCUCCAGCCCCUCGGUCAAUGCCAUCGAGGCCACCCUUGCCGGUGGCGGCGGCGGCGGCGGCGGCGGGGCCAGCCACUCGGACGCGGCCAGCCUGAUGUCCGUGCGCUAUGGCGGCCUGACGCAGCAGUCGCUCAUGGGCUUGUCGGGUGGUGCUGGCGGUGGCGGCGGCGGCGGUGAUCCGGCCGGGGUGCUUUUGCGCCUCCCUCAAACUGGCGGCGCCACCGGGGGCGGGGACAUGCCUCCCUCGGCCAUCCCCAACUCGGCGGUCUUUGCGGCGGUCUUCCAGAACAACAACAACAUGCCCACCGGGGCUGGCGCCGGGUCGGUGGCCGUGCAGCCUCAGUCGCUGGCUGGUGCGAUGGCCACCACGGCCUCCUCCUCCUCGUGA